AUGACUUUCGCGUGGACGUGUUUCGUGUUGGCGUUGUCCGCCGGCUGCUUGGCGGCUGCCAACCGCCCGGAGACCGGUAAGUAUGAGCCGACCUGGGAGAGCUUGGACUCCCGGCCGCUCCCGAAGUGGUACGACGAGGCGAAGGUGGGCAUCUUCAUCCACUGGGGCGUGUACGCGGUGCCCAGCUUCGGCACCGAGUGGUUCUGGAUCAACUGGCAGGGCAGCAAAACCGAGAGCUACGUGAAGUUCAUGGAGAACAACUACAAGCCGGGCUUCACGUACCAGGACUUUGCGAGCGACUUCACGGCGGAACUGUUCAACGCAACCGAGUGGGCCGAACUGUUCCAGCGGUCCGGGGCCCGCUAUGUGGUGCUGACGAGCAAACACCACGAGGGAUACACACUGUGGCCCUCGAAGCACGCGUUCGGCUGGAACUCGGUCGAUGUGGGACCCCACCGGGACAUUGUCGGCGAGCUGGCCGGUGCGAUCCGGCAGAGCACGGACCUCACGUUCGGUGUUUAUUACUCGCUGUUUGAGUGGUUCAAUCGGUUGUACGCCAGCGAUAGGCUGCACGCGUUCAUGAAGCGCGACUACGUGACGGGGAAGGUGUGGCCCGAGCUCCAGGAACUGAUCAACACGUAUCGCCCGGAGGUCCUGUGGAGCGACGGUGACUGGGAGGCGCCCGAUGGGUACUGGCAGGCGAAGGAGUUCUUCACCUGGCUGUACAACGACAGCCCGGUCCGGGACACGAUCGUGACGAACGAUCGGUGGGGCAUGGGAACGCUCUGCCUGCACGGGGACUUCCACACGUGCUCCGAUCGCUACAACCCGGGCGUACUGCAGAAGCACAAGUGGGAGAACGCCCUGACGAUCGACCGGAACAGCUGGGGCCACCGGGGGAACGCUCGGCUGGAGGACUUCCUUACCAGCGGCGAGCUGAUCGGCGAGAUCGUCACCACGGUCAGCUGUGGCGGAAACGUGCUCAUCAACGUUGGCCCAACGAAAGCCGGAACGAUUGAUCCGAUCUUCGCGGAACGAUUGACCGACAUGGGGCGCUGGCUGAAGGUGAACGGUGAGGCCAUCUACAAGAGUCGUCCCUGGACGCACCAGAACGAUUCGCUCACCGGAAGCGUGUGGUACACGGCCGCCCGACAACCGUCCACACUCGACACCAACUUCACCACGGUUUACGCGAUCGUGCUGGAGUAUCCGUACAAAACGAACAGCGUGGAACUCGGCGCUUUCGGCAACCAGGUCACGAAGAUCGUGCAAAUCACGAUGCUCGGUUUCGCCACACAGCUUAAGUGGAAACCAUCGGCCACCGGUAUCGUGGUGGAGUUUCCGGCGAAGAACGAGAUCGACCGGCUCAAGCUGCACCACGCGUGGACACUGAAGAUCGUCGUUUCGUCCCGGUGGCCGUAGACAAACGGGCGGCAACGUUCAUAUCGGUCACCCUCGGAAGCGACUAAUUGUGAGC